AUGGCUAGGUCGACGGGGCUCAGCCAAGCCAUUUUUGCCAUUUUUGCCAUUUUUGCCAGCCCUCAACUCAGCCACUAUCACAACUUUUGUUAUGGCAUAGUCGCCCUCGCGGCUGUAGACGACAUGGCACCUUCGGACGAUGAGAAUGAAAAGCUCUCGCAUGCCGACUUUUGGAACCAGCGCUAUGCCGAGGCCGAAGGAGACCAGCCCACCCAUGAGUGGUUCAGGUCCUUCCAAGACCUCGAGGCCUUUUUCGACCAGAAACUCUUUGGCACCCGUCCGCCAGAAACAGCCCCGAGACUGCUGCAUCUAGGAUCAGGGGAUAGUACCGUGCCGCAAGAGCUUGCCGAAAAGGGAUACAACCAUCAACUUUGCGUCGAUUUCUCCGCCGUGGUGGUAGACCUCAUGUCGAAACGCCAUGCCGAGAUCAAAGGUAUCGAGUGGAAGAAGCUGGAUGUCCGCCAUAUGGACGAUAUCCCUCCGAGCUCCAUAGAUGUGGCAUUUGAUAAGGGAACACUGGACGCAAUGAUCCACGGCAGUCCUUGGAACCCCCCAGACGACGUGAAGAAAAACACCUCCGAAUAUCUCCGAGAGGUUUUCCGUGUCUUGAAAGAUGACGGCAUGUUUCUCUACGUGACAUACCGGCAACCUCACUUUAUUAGGCCGCUUUUGAACUGCGAAGGGACCGACUGGGAUAUCGAUAUGGAUGUUCUGGGUGCUGGUGACAGCUCCUUUGCCUACCACGGCUUCGCCUUGACCAAACGCUCGGGCGCAGGUCAAUAA